AAAAGAUAGAACACUAAUAUAAUCAAGGCUGUUGUUACUAAUGUAAAAGAAUAUUAAUAAGCACUUGAGAAAUCUGUUUUCCUCUCACGAGUUUAGAAAAAUAUUAGGAACAAGGAAGGAAUUGUUAAAGGAAUUGUUUACAUUAAUUUUCUAAGAUUUCAAGGCUAGACCAGGAAGAGCUGCUCCUGUCCAGCAUCACAAAUACUGGCAGAAAGGACUGGAACUUGCUAAAAUAAGAGGGGUAUCCUAUAGACACUUUAAAAUUGUAUGUUAUGUUGUCAAAGACCAUGGCUGGAUCCCAGAUCCACUGCGUGGAGAGCGAAGAGCCAUACAGUAAAGAAACUGAAUCAAAUCCUGAAUUUUAUUAUUGUGAACGACAGCGGUUGGCCCUUGAAGCUCUACUUGCCAAUGGUGAGGAAGCUUUCAAUCAGUGCCUCUCCCGUGAAAAGCUACGCCCCUUUCUGUCGGAGGGUGAAUUGCAGGAAUUAAAGACUGCAGCAACAGCAGAAGAAUUACAAGCUCCCCCUUCAGGCGGAGCAGGGACUUACAGCUUUGGAACAGAGGGAUCUAGUCUCAGCUACUGGCCUCAGCAUUCAGAUGAUCCACCCCCAGAACUGGAACUAGGGUGGCCAGACAAUGGGGCUUGGAAAGGAAUUACCCGAGCGGAGGUCUAUACCCACCCACCAGGAGAAGGAGCACCACAUAUUAAGGAAUUGGUACGCAGCUGUAUCCAACAAGCCCGCAAGGUGAUUGCUAUAGUCAUGGACAUUUUCACAGAUCCUGAUAUUCUCUUAGAUCUGUACGAUGCAGCAAUCAGGCAGCGGAUACCAGUUUAUCUUAUACUCAGUCAGCAGCAUCUUCACUCCUUCCUCUCCAUGGCUGAGAAAACUUGCCUUAAUGUCCAUCACACAGAGAACCUGCGAGUCAGAAUUCUUAGUGGCUGUACAUUCCAAAGCAGAAACCAAAAACAGGUCACAGGAACCCUGAAGGAGAAAUUUCUGCUGGUUGAUGGACGAAUUGCAAUCACCGGCAGCUAUAGCUUCACCUGGACUGAUGCUCGUUUGAACCGCCACCUGGUCACUCGCCUUACGGGAGAAGUGAUCAAAGUGUUUGACCAUGAAUUUCGCACUCUGUACGCAGCUUCCUGCCCCCUGCCACCUCUAGAGACGACCCCUCACCUCGAGGUUGCUUCUGCGGCACCUCUACCUAGCACCAAUGGGCCAGAUGUGACUCCAUACGUCAGUGUGUUGAAUGGGGUGCAGCUGUCCAAUCGAAUUGCAGAGCGACGCUCGGUGGCCCCCCAACCUGUGGCCAAGAGCCAGUCUGGUGCGUGGGAACUUGUGUUAGCUUCGCCAGCUACUGCUGAAGAUCCCAUGUUGCCUCCCUCUGCUCCCAAACCAUCUCUCCGAAAUCAACUUGCAGCAUGGCGGGGUGUGGAUUAUUCUGGAGGGGGCCAGCAGGGACCUCCUGAUGGACCUAGUGCUCUUAGCGAUAUCUACAGGAACGUCCAACGAAACCGACUCUCCACUGCCAAGACUACCGGGGCUCGCCCUAGUAAGUCCUUAUGGGACCUCAGCUGUUUGACCCAGCUUUCUGGGUCUGGCACAAUAGGCUGGGGACGAAACGGCAUAGACUCUGCUGAGGAAGCUAAAAAAUGGGGCUAUCAAGCUACACCAGCAAAGGAAUUGAUGAAACAUCGAGAAUCUGGCCAUGUCCCAGAAGAAGCAAGAAUGCCUUUUUACAUGGUCCAUGGGCGCAUGAAUCCGACCCCUGGUUACAUGCCCCUAGGAAGACUACAAGGACAACUUUACCAUAAGCCUCCCAAUACAGGUCUAGCCAGGACUUGGGGACAUCUGCCAAAUCCUCAGCAUGGGCAUCAGCCAAGAUUUUGAACUAUUUUUGAAGUUCUGAGGCAAUUGGAGGUGGAGAGUGGGGAGAGAUAUCUGAGGUUAACCCAAAUGCAACUGAAAGCAUUAGAUAUGAUUACUUCAACUGAAAGGAAGAAUGAAAGCUUGAUUACAAGAUGGAAUUCCUGACACAUUCUGCUACAGAUUUUUUUUUUCAUCUAAUGACCUUUCCUAUGAUGCCAUUGCAAAAUUAAGCCCCAAACUUGCUUCCUGUUUAUACAAUGACAAAUGUUUGUAUAGCCAAACAAGCAAGCUGAACAAUUUUUUUAAUGGGGCAGGAAGAUGUAGAAAUCAGCAUGCAUCUCAGAAGGAUUAUCAUCUCAUUCAACCAUUUGGGGUGAAGCUGCUGAAACACCCUGAAUCAAUAUUAAGCCACCUUUCCCCUCUACACAUUAAUAAAAACAGAAG